UAACGUGAACUGCACGCAGCAGCAAAUUCCUGCAAGAAUGCAGGUGAUGCAGACUCUCAGCAUGUCAACCAGGGCGUGCGUGGUGACGCUGCUGGUGUCGCAGUGCUACCUCCCGCUGCGGCCUGUGGCGGCGGCGCCUUCCGCGGCGGCCGCCAUAGACGAGCAGUGGCUGUGCGCGCCCGGAUGCUGGUGCUCGCGGGACGGCCUGUCGACCGAAUGCCUGGGGGUGACGCCGCAGCCGUCGGCGCUGCCCGCGGGCCUGCUGGCUCUCAGCGUCAGGGCGCACCAGCUGCGCGAACUGCGCAACGACACCUUCGCGGCGCUGCCGAUGCUGCAGCAGCUCGACCUCUCGGACGGCCGAAUUUCUGAAGUUGCGGAGGACGCUUUGUCGACGCUGCCGCGGCUGCGCUCCCUGAGCCUUUCCAACAACGAGCUGACGUUCCUGCUGCCGAACUCGAUCGCAGCCAACGCCGCGCUGGAGGCGCUGGACCUCUCCAGCAACCCGCUGGUGCUGCCCUCCAUCGGGCCGUUCCUGCGCUCCUCGUCUCUGCGCGAGCUGAACCUCGCCGUGUGCAGCCUGCGCCGCUUCACGCCGGACAGCUUCACGCAGCUGCCGUCGCUGCGGAGCCUCGAUAUCUCCUUCAACUCCUUCUCGCAGCUGUCGCUGGAGGACGUGCAGCCCUUCGCCAACCUCAGCUGGCUCAGCGUGGACGCCGACGCUCUCUCCGAGGACGCCCUGGCCUUCCUGCAAGCCAACGGCGUCGAAGUAGAUGUGUUCGAAUUAAUGAACAGCACAGGAGACAUUACGCCGCCUGAACAGCAGGAUGACGGCGGAGGAGCGAGGUACCUGGCCCUCCUGGACAAGGACUACCCUUACGACGAUGACAUCAUUGGCGAGGAUUAUGCGGUGCUGAAGAACGUCGACGUCGCCUAUGAUUCAGAUAGCCAGACCCAGUGGGUUGCAGAUCAGCUACAAACGGGUGCCUCACAGGUGGAAGUGCCCCCGCGCUGGGUGGGCCACCCGUCCUGGAAGCUGGUGCUGUACUCGGUGGUGCUGGGCUGCACCGCGUGCCUGACGGCGGCGCUGGCGUACUGGGCGACCGUGCUGGUGGUGCGGCGGCGGUCUGCGACAAAGGCGGCGCAGGGCCCGCGCGACACGCUGGACAGGGCCUUCCGGCACGUGGCCAGCCUGCCCGCCUACCAGCAGCUGCAGCGCCAGCCGGCAAAAGCUCCCAGUGGCAGCGGCCAGGGCUACCGCAGGCUGUACGACGAGGACGAGUCGCCGGCGUCGCUGCCGCCGCGGGCCGCCCAGCCAGAGCGCUGCACGUGCCUCUCGUGCUCGGAGCCGGUGCCCACGCAGCCGUGCAUCUGCUUCUACGAGCGGCCGGCCCCCGUGCACGGGACCGUGCCCAGCCAGUACUACACGCUCUACGCUACGCACAUCCAGUGAACAUCCCCGAACCGGCUGACCACUGGCAAACUCCUGGGCGUGGACCAGACGUACGCCUUCCUGCUUCCAAUUUGAGAUCACUGUGGGACGAAAUUCGCUAUCCUGCCCAUCCACUUGUGAUACACACACCCCAUUACAGUUCUCAAACUGUAAUACACAGACAAAUAUAAGCCUCGCCAUUACAGUUUCGUUAACCUGGGUGAAUUUAGGGAGGAGUACGUAAAUCUAGUUGGGCAGCAAUGUAAAUAGAAUCAAAUGAAGAAUUAAAACGGACGCAAUAAAGAGGAAUCCAUAAAAAAUACAUCACUCCGCUGCGGUAAGUGCUGUGUUACGUGCCUUCGAGGUAGACUAAAACUCCUCUUAAGUGUCAGUCCCGAUUUACACAGGGUGUUCGGAAAUUCUCGUUACAAAUUCGAGGACUGAGUAGAUACAGUUUUUAAAGUGGAACACAUGUCCGAAACAGGACUACAGCCAUUUGAAAAUGUGCUGGUAACGCGACUACUCUUACAAAUAUUUCUUAAGCAUGACCCAGUACAUCACUCUUUCUACAAUGCCACUCGUUAACAACCGAAGGAAACAAACUGAAAUUUAAUCAGUUGUCAGAAACACUUUUGUUUUAGAGUACGGCCUCGUGCGAUUCGGGUGUGCGGCCUCUCCUUGGAGAGCCUCAGUCACGCCUACUGAAGGUGAAGUUACCGCUUUCUCAAAGCCGUUGCGUAAUUAUGGCGGAAAGGUUAUGCGAUCGGGUCGGACGUUGUAGAUAACGACCUUGUUGAAGGCAAUGAGCAGCUCUUCCGUUACCGUCAGCUUCGACAUACAGAAGCGUCAUGUCGGUGUGUUCUACAAACGUGUACUCAACCGCGUUGCUCUAACAUUCACGUACACAGUGAAUGAAGUUCGAACUAGGUCAGAGAGGUAGGACAGACGUCAAAUGACAUAAGCCGAUCCGACGUAAGCAUCCCUCACCGUAACUACCCUGUUGCAAACGUGUUCCAAACGGCUGCAGAAUCGGAUAUAGGUUCCCAUUAAAAAUAUUGUUAAAUCAAUCCUCUCUACAAGGCCUAGAAGUUUGUAACGGGAAUUUCCGAACACCCUGUAGGUGAUCCCGUUCCUUGUUAGACCUGUACAGUUGUGUCUGUUUCUCCGAUUGGAGCUUGGAUAAAGACGUAAAAAAUCUGUAUUACUUUCUGGUCUACACCAGAUACAACAAGCACUUACUAAUAAAAAACGACAAUAAAACAUUUUAGAAUGUUUUAACAUUAAGACUUUUUUCUUCAAGUACACACUGAGUAGAAGACUGAUUUUACAUGUAGCGCGCGCAGGACACAUCAAGAGGUGUAUCACAUGUUACGCACCACCAAUAGCCACAAUUAUUGGACACUGCCAUAAAUUAUAAAUGAACAUUCAAUCAGUGUGAACUCAGAGAUACUGGAAUAUCUAAUAAACUAUAGAAAAUGAACAAAAACAA